AUGUCUUUUCUGGCUCUUGAAGGUCGUCAUGCCUUCGUGACGGGAGCACAAGGAGGCAUUGGCCGAAACAUCGUGAAGGAGUUGCUUGCUGCUGGCUGCAAGGUGUCCGCUCACGAUCUUCGACCAGCGCACACCGCCGCUGAGGCGGAUGUGUUCGACAUUCAAGGAGACAUCUCCGAUGAAGACUCCAUCGCCAAGUCUAUGCGAUCCGCCGUGGAGCACUUUGGGCCGAUCAACAUUCUCUGUGCCAAUGCCGGCAUCACGAACGAACAGAGUCAUCCGAAUAUAUGGGAGAUGCCACUGGAGACGUGGGACAAUGUCUACAAGGUGAAUGUGCGAGGAGCGUUUCUCACCAUCAAGCACUUCCUCCUCGCGGCUAUCGAGGCCCAGGAAGCUGCCGGAAAGGAACUUGAAAACUUGUCCAUCGUCGUCACAGGAAGCGAAUGCGGCAAGUUUGGUCAAGCCGGUCAUUCUGAGUACGCAAGCGGCAAAGCAGGUCUUCAAUACGGACUUGUCCGCACUGUCAAAAACGAGAUUGUUCGAAUCAAUGCGAAGGCUCGCAUCAACGCCGUAGCUCCAGGCUGGGUCAACACUGAGCUCAUUGGAGAUCGUCUGGACGAUCCUCGAGAGCUGUACCUCGAAGCUCAGGGUACUGUGCCUUUGAGGAAGAUUGCACAGCCAGAAGAUGUUGCCAGAACGGUCGCUUUCCUCGCUAGCCAUCGUGCUGCUGGCCACAUGUCUGGUGAGUGCUUGAGUGUAGACGGAGGCAUGGAAGGGCGUAUAGUUUGGAGGGAGGAAGAGCGCAUCGACCCUCCUCCCUUCAAGAUGAUCAAACAAAAGCAAAAAAUCAAGAUUGCCUGGUCCAUCGACUUCGACGCAGUAUCCGGCUGGCUCGGCACCGGCGCCAACCCCAAAAACACCACCUCAGACUUCAGCGCAGGCUACUUCAGCGCCACAACCGGCGUGCCUCGCCUGCUCAAACUCUUCCACAAACUCAACAUAUCCGACAAAGUCACAUGGUGCAUUCCCGGCCACUCCCUCGAGACCUUCCCCGAGCAAGCAAAAGCCAUCAUCGACUCCGGCGCCGAGAUUGCACUCCAUGGCUACGCCCACGAGUCGGCGAGCCAGAUGACGGCCGAGCAGGAACGGGAUGUGCUGCUCAAGUGUAUUCAGCUCGUGGAGGAGAUGACGGGCAAGAAACCGAGGGGGUAUCGAGCUCCGCUGUAUCAGCUCAACGAGCGGACGAUUGCUUUGCUGCAGGAACACGAUUUUCUGUGGGACUCUUCGCUGUCGCACUUUGAUAGUGUGCCGUAUUGCCUGCCGAAGAAUCCGGCGCCGAUUGAGCCGAUUGACUUCAGUCCAGAAGCCAAGGCGGCGGAGUGGAUGAAGCCUUCGCCGGACUUUAGCAAACUUCCAAAGUCGGGUCUGGUUGAGGUGCCGGCAAGUAAACCAAAGGGUAGAAGGCCUGCAGCUGCAAAUUGGUACACCGAAGAUAUGACCCCUCUGCAGUUCUUUCCCAAUACUCCGAAUAGUGCGGGAUAUGUGGACGUGCGGGUCGUGGAGCGGAUGUGGAUGGAUCGGUUUGAGUGGUUGAGGAGCGAGAUUGCGGAUGGGAGGGAGGCUAUGGUCGUUUUUAGUAUUAUUAUCCACCCUGAUACGAGUGGCAUGGCGCAUGUCAUUGGCAUGGUCGAGCGGUUCUUGAAGUGGCUGCAGAGCUUUGGCGAUGAAGUGGAGUUCUUGACGUAUGCGCAGAUCGCGGAGGAGUGGAAGCAAAGCCAGGGAAAGCCCGAAGGCAUCCUGUAG